UCUCCUCCUACGACAUGCACCAAAGUUGGCCACUUAAACUACUUCCCACCAGCCAGCAGACAUUCGACUGAAUGCAAACCACACCAAGGGAAAAGAAUAACAUUGCAUUUUCUCCAACUUAUACUCACUAAUUUAAGAGCUCCGUUUUGCAGACUUCCCAGCUCGAAGGGGUUGUUCAUUUAUUUUGCAGCAGCAGCAGCAGCAGCUGUCUUUUAAAAUAUAUUUUGGCACGUCCAUCGCAGCAGAGGAGAGCAUCACUUUGUUUUUCCGCCGGUGGAAGAAGGGCUUGUCCGGUUUCUCCGCCUGGGAUUGGGAUUUGACGGCAGGCAGGGCGUCAUAUUGAUCAUUUUGAAGACAUUCCGUUUUUUUUUUUUUAAACUUGGACUGGAGUCCAGUUUUGUUGUUCGUCCAAGUAGCUUAAAUGAUGGCUACUUUACCAGGAACAAUGCCUCGGAUGAUGCGCCCUGCGCCAGGCCAGAACUACCCCCGAACCGGCUUCCCCCUGGAAGUAUCCACCCCUCUGGGCCAGGGUAGGGUGAACCAGCUGGGCGGCGUGUUCAUCAACGGGAGGCCCCUGCCAAACCACAUCCGACACAAGAUAGUGGAGAUGGCCCACCACGGCAUCCGACCCUGCGUAAUCUCGCGACAACUACGAGUUUCUCACGGUUGUGUGUCGAAGAUCCUCUGCCGAUACCAGGAGACCGGCUCGAUCCGUCCGGGGGCCAUAGGAGGCAGCAAGCCCAGGCAGGUGGCUACUCCCGACGUGGAGAAAAGGAUCGAGGAGUACAAGAGAGAAAACCCCGGUAUGUUCAGCUGGGAGAUACGGGAUAAGCUGCUGAAGGACGGGGUGUGCGACAGAAGCACAGUUCCUUCAGGUGAGGCUUCAUCCGUGAGCUCCAUCAGCCGCGUAUUGAGGGCCCGAUUUGGCAAAAAAGAUGACGAGGAUGACUGUGAUAAGAAGGAUGAAGAUGGAGAAAAGAAAACAAAGCAUAGCAUCGAUGGCAUCCUCGGUGAUAAAUGUAACCGCACAGAUGAAGGUUCGGACGUAGAUUCGGAGCCCGACUUGCCCCUGAAGAGGAAGCAGAGACGCAGUCGCACCACCUUCACUGCUGAGCAGCUGGAGGAGCUGGAGAAGGCCUUUGAACGGACACAUUACCCAGAUAUCUACACCAGAGAGGAGUUGGCCCAGAGGACAAAACUCACAGAGGCCAGAGUACAGGUGUGGUUUAGCAACAGGCGCGCCCGGUGGCGCAAACAAGCCGGGGCCAAUCAGCUAGCGGCCUUCAACCACCUGCUUCCUGGAGGGUUCCCACCCACCGGGAUGCCGAGUUUACCCACAUACCAGCUACAAGAGUCCAGCUACCCCGGCACCACGCUAUCGCAGGAGGGCGGCAGCACGUUGCACAGACCCCAACCCCUGCCUCCAUCCUCCAUGCACCAGGGAGGCCUGACCGCCGACGGCAGCUCCGCUUACGGCCUCUCGUCCAAUCGCCACGGCUUCUCCAGCUACACCGAUACGUUCAUGAGCCCCUCGGCCUCCGGCAACCACAUGAACACCGUCGGCAACGGGCUCUCCCCACAGGUGAUGAGUAUCCUGAGUAACCCCAGCGCCGUAUCCUCCCAGCCCCAGCACGACUUUUCCAUUUCCCCCCUGCACGGCAGCCUGGAGAGCUCCAACCCCAUCUCAGCCAGCUGCAGCCAGCGCUCUGACUCCAUCAAGGACAGCCUGGCCUCCUCUCAGUCAUACUGCCCCCCGACCUACAGCGCCACCAGCUACAGCGUGGACCCCGUCACUGCUGGCUACCAGUACAGCCAGUAUGGCCAGACUGCAGUGGACUACCUGGCAAAGAACGUGAGCUUGUCCACCCAGAGGAGGAUGAAGCUCGGAGACCACUCGGCCGUGCUCGGACUGCUGCAGGUGGAGACGGGACAGGCCUACUAAAGUCCACCCCCGCCCCCCGGCCCCCACCCUCCCCACCUUCCCCUACACCGCUCUCCUUCGCCCUCCACCACGCUCCAUCAAGCCUGGCCUCCAACUCCAGCUCGCCUCGCCUCGCCUCUCCUCUCCGCUGCUCUCGCUCUGCAGUCCGACCGCGUGACACCAGCGCGCGGGACGCUUUCGUCGGCCGACAGGGGGGGGGGGGCGCCCGCCGGGGUGCGACGAGACUCUUUGGGGGAGUUCGACUUUUCACUUUUCACGUCGACAUCGUCACCCCAAACCGGGGGGGCGGCGGCGGCUCUGCAUCUCUGGCUGCUCCUCGGAGCUCCUUCCCCGUGACCCCGAAGCCGUGUUUUCGUUUCGUUCGGGGGGGGGGCAUGACGGGACCAAAAAGAAAGAGAAAAAAAAACACACACCCACCAGGGGAUGGUUGAGCUGCCUCGACAACACGUACUUUGACCUUGCUGUUCAUAGUAGUUAACAAAGCCGAUAUCAUUUGAACGACUCUUAUUCUUGUUCCCCUUUUUGAUAUUGUUAAGAUUAUUGUUGCUGUUAUAUGAUUAUGGUUAACGUGAUUUAUGUUGUUCUUUGAUUCCAUUCGUAUCUCUUCUCUCUGUUAGAUGUUGGUGUGUGGAUGACUGAGACGAGUUGGGAGGGAGUGUGUGUGGCUCGUGCAUGUUUUGUGCGCACAAAGAGAGGAUGAUUGUUUUCCAAGCCGCGGUUCUUCUGCCUGUUCCCUGAGCUCCGAUGUUCCAGAGCGGUUUGACCUUCCCCACUUUCGUAUUCAUCUUGACAUUCCUAAAGAACUUGGCCACUCUCUGGGAAGUCUUGCCGGAUGGGCUCUGCAGGGAAUUAAAGCAGCGUUUUGGCGGCCAAUAGCUCCCCCCCCCCCCCUAACCUCCAUCCCAUCCUUAGCCCUGGUCCACGGGGAGGAGGGCAUUGUUUGCAGAAACAGGAUUGGGGAAAUUAAUGUAUUUUGUUUAGAAAUAUGGACCUUGCCAAGGGGGGGGGGGGCUAACUUAAUUCCCCCACUCCUCCCAAAUCCCAUCUGCCGGGGAACCCUGUGUGACUUUAACAGCAGAUUAAAUCACACAAAAAAUAGUGUCAACGCUAAUUCACAGUGACCCUUCCCAUUGCCAGCUAGUGUUUCUGAUUUUAUAGAAUAAUUAGCUCAUUUUGUAAAUUCACCUUUAGUUGGUUUCUAAGCAUUCCUUUCGAAACAUUCCUCCUUCUCCAUCUACAAAUAAACGACAAGCAUUCCAACGUUCUCUGUUACGAGAUCAAUAAGUACACGAGCUGUGCCAUUCAAGUGCAGCCUGGAUAAUCAUAUGAGCCAGUGAGUCUUAUUAAUGGCACAGGUAGCGCCUCUGAUUGGUCCCCCCCCCCCCC